AAGUGGGUUUAAAAUCUGACAAUUUAGAAGCUGCAGGUGCUAAUCAUGAUGGAUUACACAUUAGAGGAAGUGUGCUACAGAGAAAUGUUGUCGUGAAACUGCAAAAUAUAAUCUUUCGAUCACAAGGCAAACAGCUGGAUAGGUAAGAAUGAGAAACCUGGGAAAUACAUAUAGUUCUGCAAACAGGCCAGUUUCAUACAGACUUUAUGGUUAUAUUUUUUGGCCAGCAACAUUAAUAAACAGCAUAUCUGUUAAAAUAUAUUACAUUAUGAUAGUUUAUUUAGGCUGCUCCUAGGGAAUUUACCAAUUCUAGUUUAUAGAGAAAAUCUAGGGGAAACACAGCAGACAAUGUGGUGUGCUCCCCCGAGACAGAAAUAAUGUGGGUGUUUUCCAGUGUUCUAGACAGGUGUUACGCUGAAUAUUGCUGGUAAUGUAUGAUCAUAUUAAAAUUGCAUAAGCUGCUCCAUGUCUAUUAUAAUGAAUAUAACAAGCUUCUAUCACUACAAUAUGCACCAGUGAUUAAGUGUUACAUGUAAAUACACAAGAAGUUCCAAAUUUACCUGGAAAACAAUUUCAUCACACCACUUUCACUUCCCCCUUCACUGAAGCAUAAAAGUAAAGAAACAGCACAACUUACAGCAGUGCUUGUGGCAUCAGGUGCAGCCUUUAGCUCAGCAUCCAGAUACUCUUCAGUGGAAAAGAAGAUGCUGUGUGAAAGUAAGCUGUGGUCUUUGACGUAUGACUCUGAACCUGAGUGUGCAAAUCCACGCACAUUUUCCACAGUCACAGCUCCAUCAACACCUCCCCCAAGCCAUCACCUCUCAGCCCAAAUCCCAGCGCACACAUCUCCAGAGCGGAACAAUGAUACGACUAUGACCAACGGCUGUCCUUCCUCCAAAGCUCUUGCAGCAAGAAGACAGCUCUCCGUAGGUGUGAACAUCCCCAAACAAGCAGACUCACCAGAAGCGGAGGCCUUUUUGGUGCCUUCUAGCUGCCACAGCAUCUGUCAGCACUACAGCGAUUUACACAUCGCCGGUGGCCAGGUGCUGCCUCUCAGCCCUAGUGCAGAUGAUGCACUGGGGAAUCACAGUCAGGACUCCCAGCCUGGUCCCUUCCUUCUAUCUGCAGAUGUCCCUUCCCCCUCCAUGCUCCCUCCUUUAGUCCAUAAAUACCGGAGCUCAAGGCGCUGGAGGGAAGAAAGCGCACGCGAGCGUUCCUCUCUUCUGCAGUUAGGUCUCCCCCUCUCUAACUCCCAGCUUAACAGCUAUCUGGAACAGAAGCUGCUGGAGCUGUACAGGCAGUAUCUGACCGAGGGACCCGCAGGGACGAGGCCCGUCAUGGCCUCUGAGCUGCUGCAGACCAACCUGGACCAGAUGACCCUGCAGCUGAGCAGAGAGCAGAACAUGGAGACGGCACGGGCCAAAGACAUGCUGCUCAGCUGCCUGCUCAAAGUCACCAGCAGUUACCAGUCCAGCGAGAUCAGCACUCCUAUACUGCAGAUCUCCACUGAGAACAAGUGAAUUUGAUGAC